UUUGCACAACAACAACAAAUUUCACACAUUCAGCAACAACAACAACAACAACAGCCACAAAUUCAAUAUCAUGGAACAAUAAUGCAUCAUCAUCAUCCUGAUUUAUUACAACAAGCAACAAAUGGUUUAUUAGCCAAUGAAGCACCGGAUGGUCCAUCAUUAUUAAUGACCAAUAAUAAUGGUGGUAGUGGUGGUUUAUUAACACUGACUUUAAAUAAUGGUAGUGGUAGCAAUACAUCUAUGUUUUCUCAUCAUUUACCAAUAUCCAUUUCGGCUUCAUCACCAUCAUCAUCAUCAUCACCAUCGACAACAACACCAACAACAACGACAACAGCAACAGCAACAUUAACCGGUGCAAUACCUACAAAUUCUGUUCAACAACAACAGCAAUAUACAACACUUGGUUCACCAUUGACAACAAUUUUGAUUACAACAGCAACAACAACAAAUGAUGAUAAUAAUCAAUCAACAAAUAAUGAAUUAAUGAUUGGAUCAUCACCAUCUUCGGCAUCAACGACAACUACAACACCGUCGAAAACAACAACAACUGUAGCAGCAACAACAACACCAUCUACACCAUCACCAGUAUCUAGCCAUGGUGGUGUCAAUCAAUUGGGCGGUGUAUUCGUGAAUGGACGUCCAUUGCCGGAUGUUGUCCGUAGCCGUAUAGUGGAAUUAGCGCAUCAAGGUGUACGGCCCUGUGAUAUUUCCAGACAAUUACGUGUAUCACAUGGAUGUGUUAGUAAAAUACUUGGAAGAUACUAUGAAACUGGCAGUAUAAAACCAGGUGUUAUUGGUGGAUCAAAACCAAAAGUGGCUACACCUAAAGUGGUUGAUGCAAUUGCCAAUUAUAAGAAAUCUAAUCCAACAAUGUUUGCCUGGGAAAUACGUGAUCGUCUUUUAGCCGAUGGUAUAUGUGAUGCUGAUAAUAUACCAUCAGUUUCAAGCAUAAAUCGUAUUGUACGUAAUAAAGCAGCUGAAAAGGCUAAAAAUCAUCAUCAUCAUCAUCAUCAUCAUCAAAAUCAUCAAAAUGGUAGUUCCAAUCAUUCAUCAUGUUCAUCGACAACAACAACAACAAUACAAACAAAUAAUAUUAAUCUAGCCAAUCAUAAUUCACCAAAUUCUGGUUCAAUCUCAUCAUCAAAUGUAUCAAGUCCAUCAAUGAUUAGUCCAAAUUCAAUUAAAACGGGUGAUAUUAGUGGUGUUGGUGGUAGUAGUAGUGGUGGUGGUGAUAUUAUUAGUAUAGGUAAUGGUGGUGGUAAUUGUAAUAAUUCAUCCAAUCAAACAUCAGUGAUUGUGCAAGCAUCAGCUCAAUUAUCAUCAUCAUCAUCGUCGGCAACAUCAUCAACAUCAUCGACAACACCGACAGCAACAUAUUCUAUAAAUGGAAUUCUUGGAAUAAAUUCCGUUUCAGGAUCACCUGAUCAUCAUCAUCAUCAUCACCAUCAUCAUCAUCAUCUAUUUCAACAACAGCAACAACAACAACAACCACAUGGACAUCAACAUCAACAGCCAACACGUUCAUUGAAACGUACAUUAUUAGAUCUUGAUGACAAUCAAAAUGGUGUUAGUGUUGCCAAUACGGCUGCCAAUAAUAAUCAGAAUCAAAUGAAUGGUACAUCAUCAUCAUCAUCAUCAGAAUCACCACCACCACCACCACCGCCACUACCACCACAGUCAACAUCAGCGACAACAAAUGAUGAUUCAGGAUCGAUACUAAUUCUUAAUAAUAAUAAUAAUAACGAUAAUGGAGAAACAUCAUCAUCCACUGUAUCCAAUGGUAUUGCUGGUUUGCCAAAUAAUAAAAUAUCACGUCAUUCAACAUCAUCAGCAGCAUCAUCAUCGGUAGCAGAUAUAACAACGCCCACUUCUUCGUCAUCAUCAUCAUCAUCAUCUUCAACUUCAUUACCUCCAUUUUCUGUUACUGUUUCAGCUAUUUCAGCUGGAUCUCAACAACAACAACAACAACAGCAGCAGCAGCCUGUAUUGUCCACAUCAUCAACAACGGUCAAUGAUAUUCAUAGUCAACAUCAUCAUCAACAUAAUCACCAAAAUCAUCAUCAACAACAACAACAACAGCAACAAUAUCAAUAUUGGACCGUUUUGGAUGGAACGGGUAGUCAUCAUUCACCGGAUAUGAUUAAUGGAAAUGGUGGAACAACGCCCACACAUCAACAACAACAGCAGAUACUCAAUGAUCAUCAACAGCAAUUAUUAAUUCCGGUCUCACAACAUCAACAGCAACAACAUUCACAUCAACAACAACAACAACAACAACAACAGCAACAGCUUUCGCAACCAAAUUAUCAUCAUACAGCAACAACAACAUUAGUAAAUGGUCAUGUUCCAAUUGGAACUGGUGCAAUACCACCGGUAACUGGUGGACAUCAUCAUUAUGAAACAACAACAUUGUAUACACCGCCAAUUGGUGCCACAAAUACCGCAAACGGAGAUUAUUAUGCAGCAGCAGCAUAUCAUGGAUAUUAUGCAACAUCCAAUUAUGGUGCAGCAGCAGCAGCCGCUGCAGCCGCAUCAGUUUCAACACCAUAUUCACAGAUUGGUGCUGGUGCUGGUGGCGGUGUUGGUGGUGGUGGUAAUGGUGUUGGUGGUAUAUCAUCACCAAAUGGUGGCAGUGUUGGUGUUGGU